CAUGCAGUGCUUGGAAAUUCUUCAUCUCGAGCAAGCAUGCCACAAAACUGGACAAUCGAAACCUUUAUUUUAGGUUGCAUUUUAUUUAGCGUUGCUGGACAACAUUUUGGACACGACCCAGUGAGAUUCAAUGGAUUCCCACCCAUGGAUUAUCUUCAACCAGACCCAAAUCAACUUUGCGGUCUAAGUAAUCCAAGUGGCUUGGAUGCCAGCGAGAAGGUAGCUGAAAAUCACUUAAGACUUGGCCAAUAUCCUUGGGUAAUUGCCCUGUUUAACAAGGGUAAAUUCUUUGGAGGCGGUUCUCUGAUUGCACCGGGAGUAGUCCUGACAGCAGCUCAUCUCCUCGAGAACAUGGUUGAGGCGGAUAUUGUGGUCAGAGCAGGUGAACAUGAUAUGGUUUCCCAUACUGAACCAUUGCCAUCGGAGGAACGUCAUGUGGCCAGUAUUGUGCGCCACACGGAAUUCUCUUAUCGGUUGGGAGAAAACAACAUAGCACUUCUUUUCCUAAUAACUCCCUUCGAGUUGAAGGCGAACAUUCGAUCUAUAUGUUUGCCCAGUCAGCAAAGACCCUUCAAGCAGAGACGCUGUUUGGUGGCAGGAUGGGGAAAAGAGGCGUUUGAGGAGAACAAUUAUUCGAAUAUCCUAAAGAAAAUCGAUUUACCCAUGGUAACAAGAGCAGAAUGCCAGGGUCAGUUGAGAAAAACCAGAUUAGGAGCAGAUUAUGAGCUCCCUGCCGGUUUGAUUUGCGCCGGUGGAGAAAGGGAUAAGGAUGCCUGCCUGGGCGACGGAGGAUCUGCCCUAUUCUGUCCCAUGGAGCAGGACCCAAAUCGCUUUGAACAGAUUGGCAUCGUCAACUGGGGCAUCGGCUGUGGCCAGGUAAACUUGCCGGCUACCUACACGAAUGUGGAAAUGUUCCUAGAUUGGAUUUAUCAACAACUGGCUGUGUACCACUCGGGCAGUGUUCCGCUGGCUGGCCAUUUACCUUUAACAUUUAGUUUGAAAUAAAGCUAAUGAUUAAAAAUAA